AGGACUGACUGGUGACACCUGCACAGUUAGCCAGGCAUCAGUGCAGUACGCACAGCGCACAGUGGGCUCUGGACUCAACGCUUCACCGAUCCUCAGUCGCUGCAGACCUGGACCCUGCUCUCUCUGCCUUCACAAGAGGAUCUAGGCCUCCAAGGAGCAAGAUGACGGCCCACUUGCCACAAGAGAUCUCCAGCAGGUGUUGCACUACCAACAUCAUGGAACCCCACUCCCGGAGACAGCAGGAUGGAGAAGAGAAGAUGCCCCUCCAGGCAGAAGACAUCCGGCCUGAAAUAAAAGAUGAUCUGUAUGACCCCAGCUACCAGAAUGAGGAGGGGCCCCCACCCAAGCUGGAGUACGUCUGGAGGAACAUCAUCUUCAUGGCCCUGCUGCACGUGGGUGCCCUGUAUGGGAUCACACUGGUUCCCUCCUGCAAGGUCUACACCUGGCUCUUGGGAGUAUUCUACAACGUGGUUGCCGGUUUGGGUAUCACAGCCGGAGCUCAUCGCUUGUGGAGCCACCGAACCUAUAAAGCAAGGCUGCCCCUACGCAUCUUCCUCAUCAUGGCCAACACCAUGGCUUUCCAGAAUGAUGUGUAUGAGUGGGCCCGAGAUCACCGCGCCCACCACAAGUUCUCAGAAACACACGCCGACCCUCACAAUUCCCGCCGUGGCUUCUUCUUCUCUCACGUGGGUUGGCUGCUUGUGCGCAAACACCCGGCUGUCAAAGAGAAGGGCAAAAACCUGGACAUGUCUGACCUGAAAGCCGAGAAGCUGGUGAUGUUCCAGAGGAGGUACUACAAGCUAGCUGUCAUGCUCAUUUUCAUCAUCUUGCCCACACUGGUACCUUGGUACUUGUGGGGUGAAACUUUUCAACACAGCUUAUGUGUCUCGAAUUUCCUGCGGUAUGCUGUGCUUCUAAACUUCACUUGGCUGGUGAACAGUGCGGCCCACCUCUACGGAUACCGGCCCUAUGACAGGGGCAUUGGCGCCCGGGAGAAUCCCUUCGUUUCAAUGGCAUCUUUAGGCGAGGGCUUCCACAACUACCAUCACACCUUCCCCUACGAUUACUCUGUCAGUGAGUACCGCUGGCACAUCAACUUCACCACGUUCUUCAUCGACUGCAUGGCUGCCCUGGGCCUGGCUUACGACCGGAAGAAAGUUUCUAAGGCUGUUGUCUUAGCCAGGAUUAAGAGAACUGGAGAUGGGAGUCACAAGAGUAGCUGAGUGUGGGGUCAUCUGGGUCUCUGUUCCAUAAACCAACUGGGCCAACAUUUAAUUUUCUGUUAACUACUGAAUAAUGCUACCAAAGCCCUCUCCUGAACUUUUUUUUUUUGGGGGGGGGGUACAUGGUCUCUCUGUCUCCUUAUCUCUGUGUCUCUGUCUGUCUCUGUCUGUCUGUCUGUCUGUCUGUCUGUCUCUCUCUCUUGUCUAUACUAUAGACCAGGCUGGCCUCCAACUCACAGAGAUCUUCCUGCCUUUGCCUCCCAAUUGUUGGGAUUAAAGGGGUGUAUCAUUGCCCAGCUCUGCGAAGUCUUGUCAAAUGUUCAAGGCAACUCUCCUUUAUGAGCCCUUUGUCCUCUAGCCCCAUUCCCACCCUUCAUUCCUACUAUGCUUGUCUUUCUUUUCUCCUUCUCUAAGAAGCAGCCAGUGAGUGCUUGGCCAACCUCCCCAAGGCUUCCCAGCCUUUCUGUUGUCUCAAAGUAAGGACCUUCAUCAUGGACCAUUCUCUGCCUAGGUAUUUGUCCAAAGCUAUCAGUACAACAAAACCUUUCAGGAAAUGUCUUAUUAAUAGCUGUUAGUUCACGCUUUUCUGAGGAAAAAGGGGAAAACAGCAUCUGUUGUCAUAGAAGUGCUAAAGGUGGAGAAUCCUCAGGUGGGAAAGCAUGCAGAGUGUGACUCAGAAGCAGGGGGAGCAUCAAGGUAGGAAGUGACGCAGUAGGAAGUACUCGCCAAAAUAAGACCUCCCACAGACGGAGCCCAGACGCGGAGCAGGAAAUGGCCGUGGAAAGUGGCCAUGCUAGAACACAAUAGAAUGUCUCUGCAGCUCAGUCUGGUCCAGGCCAGAAGUAAAGGAAAAACAAUUCAGUUAGUAGGAAAAGAGAUUUCUCCUGAGACAGGGUUUUUGUUUGUUUGUUUGUUUGUUGUUUUCUGUGUUGACAAGGAACAUUGUUAUGCCACAGAACAAGAAGGCUUCGGAUGAGAUGUGUCCCGCUUGGUAAAAACAGAAAAGUCAUAGAUUCCACAAGCUACACGUCCAAUCUGUUUUACACUUCUCUUCUGCCUGCCUUGCGUUGUCAGUGUUAUUUAUGUUCUGCUCUCAUAGUGACUGGGUAACUAUGGCAACCUCAAACAUCCCAACUGGAAGGAUUGUAGGCAAAGUUGGGUCAAACCUAAAAACAUGUAGACGAUUGCUUAGAGCGGGGAGGUGUUUCACUGAGUCCUCUGAGAAGGUUCCAGAAACUUUAGAACAGAGGACUACUUGGGUUUCCUGUAACUCCCACCCCUGAGAAGAGAGGAAAGUCUAAUGGCCAGUAUCAGUAGUCACUUCAGUAGAAGUAGCUUUGCAAAGAGAGAGCGAGCCCUGAGAAUACAUUGUGCUGUGGGGGCUCCAGAAGUUACUGAGUUACUAAGUAUCAGAAUGAAACUAGUUUGAGUCUAGCAGGUCUGUCUAUUCAUUAGCCUAAAUGUCUCCUUGGAUUCAAGGAGUAAUUAGUUUUUUCUCAGUUUUGUGCCUCUCCGGGAUUCUUGCUCUAUGACUGUCCAGCCUAUAUUUACGCCAGAGGAAAGAUGCCUGUCUCUUAACUUCCUAAUUCUUGAUUUCCCCAUCGUUUUCUUU